CAGUUAAAUAAUGAUUGCCCAAUUCUCCUGCAGCCUCUGUGUGACUACAUAAGCGUAUAGUUACACCCGGUCUCUUGGCCAAAAAUCCCCUGGCGUGUUCUCUCGCCGCUAUUCUGCCUUUUACGUUGGUUUUGAAUUACUGAAGACGGAGAGAGUCUUUGUAACCAAUGCAGAACACAGUGGAUAGGACUUGGACCAAUAGUCUACUUGGGAUGUCUGCGUGUCUGCCCAGUCAUUGACAGACGAUUGGUGAAUGCUGAAAGCAUCUUUGUUGCGAGAGGUCACAAAACAGGAUUGUUAUUGAUCUUAAAAGGUCACAAUCUUACUCAACAAAAUAAAAACAAUCAGACUGAAUAUUCUUUGUUUUCAAAGGUUAUCUUAGUUAGACACAGCAUUUUUUGGGGGAUAGUACUUUGAAAAUGAAGUUUUGUACAUCAACAUCUACGUGUGUUUUGACCUUACUUUGGAUUUUACCUAUGACUUAUUUCGCUGAAUAUUUGGAAACGGCAUUUUCUAGAGUACCAUCAAUGAGUAACAAAAUGGCGACCAGCAAUAUGCUAUGGCAGAUAUCCGGCAGUAAGUUUGCGUGUUUGGCAGCGUGCGCGACAGACAGACGAUGCGUUUCCUGUUUCCUGGACGGCCAGUCAUACUGCAGCGGACACUCCAUGAUUUACAGACCGACCAGCAGUCUCCAGGACUCACGGGGACUGUGGUACUAUGAAGUAGAAGACCCAGCCAGCAAACUCGGGUGCGUUGCCGUCCCAGGAGAAACCGGAUAUUGCGUCAAGCUAAACGUCAACGAAUUAUCGUGGCCAGACCAAGUAAAGACAUGCGAGGCAGAAAACAUGAGGCUAGCCUCCCUGACUCUAGACAGCAGGGUCACCUUUGUACAACAGUACCUUUUGGGCAUUGGACACGCUCGGGGUACGGCCAUUGGAGCACUGUUAGUGUCUGGAACAUGGACCUGGAUUUCCGGCGACAUCCUCCCGUUCGACUCCCCGCACUGGGCCCGUAACGAGCCGACUUCCGGACCGGGCGAGGAUUGCGUCAUCAUGUCAUUUCGUAGAGGUUAUCAGUUUAACGACGAGCAGUACGGAAUCCUCAGACCAUUCCUCUGUGACAUGUACUUUGUGGCGAAUUAAGCCGUAUUUUAGUUAAAGCUGAUUGGUCCGAUUUUACAUCAAAUUUUGUGAACGCUUUUAAAAGAUGGUUAUGCUAAGUCUGUGCAUAAUAAAUGAUAUCGCGGCAGCUUUCCUUGUCAAUUAAGCCAUAUUUUAAUGAAGAAAAUGAUUAACAAAAUUUGUUAACAAAACAAACUUCAUAAAGAGGUACCGCGUUAUUUCGCCUCAUAUCAAAAUUCGCCCUCGGUGUUGAGGCGGCUGUGAUUGUAUUACGACUAAGACGUAGCUAUAUAAAAAAGGCUGUAUCACCCGGAGACUCCAAUAUCAUUUUGCGCUUAUAUUUUUUCUGUUAGUAAAUGGUGUGUUAAACUUAUGAAUCGUAUUGUAUUUGGUAAUAAACAAUACAAUACAUAUCAAUGAUUAAUUAAUGAAGAUCAAAUAAACAAAAUUAAGAGUAAAGGGUAUGCUUUUUUCCGUCUCUUGUACUGAUGUUGAUUUGAUCCCGUACUACCCUCAUGUCUAUCUCACACCACAAAUUAUAUCCGAGAAAUUUAUUGUACACUGUCAUCACCGCACACUGUAAAUAUUAAUUAAUCACUUGAAGUUAUUUUCCGUAAUUAGUAACUUUUGGGUGGCGUAACAUUGAUGUUUUAAGGGUGUUGUUUACUCGGGGUUUGAGUUCUCAAAUUCGGAUUGGAAUAAAAUUCAAUUUAAUGAGUAAAAUUUGUUCUAAACACAAAAAAUAUUUAUGAAAUGAUUUAUUAUUGACAUAACAUUCGAUAAUUUUACAUUAUUAUGGAAUUAGGCUCAAACAAAAAUAGACUUUUAGCCAAACAGAGGAAAUUCGGACUUAAUUUUGCAGAUUUUGUUUUCCGCUAAAACAUUUUUGGCAAUACUCGAAUAAUAAAAGUUAAAAUUUAAUAUGUUAGUCGUUAUAAUGUUACAUAUUUUCUGUUGGAUUUACCUCACUUAUUCAUUAAAAAAAUGGUAUGGCAAGAAUUGCAAAAAUAUUGAAAAAUGCUUAAAAACGAUAAAAGACACCAUAUCUCAAAAUUUUGAUCAUUGACCUCAUAUGAAUUAUAUGACAACAGAAGAAGGUCAAUAUAAGUUGUUCCAUACUUUUAAUGUUUUUGUAUUAUUAUCAUCAUUCAAUUUUUUGUGAAAUUGGAUAAAAAAUGGGUAUGGAUUUGAAAACUUACAGAAGAAAUUCGGACUGGAAUAUUUUUUAAAAAUUGUUGCUGAAAUCGUAAUGCAUU